AUUUCUACUUUUCGGGGAAGGGGUCUGCUGACCUCCCUGUAUGAGGGGAGUCUCAGGUGUGUGGUGACUUGCAGCAUUCACCAGCUGAGGAGCAAAGUGUCUGAGGAGCAUGACAUUCUCAAGAAGAAAGAGUUGGAGCCGGGGCCUAAAGCAUCCCAUGGCUAUGGAGGUCGGUUUGGAGUGGAAAGAGACAGGAUGGACAAGAGUGCUGUGGGCCACGAGUAUGUUGCUGAUGUGAAGAAACACUCUUCCCAGACUGAUGCCUCCAGAGGCUUUGGGGGCAAAUAUGGAGUUGAGAGGGACCGGGCAGACAAGUCAGCAGUGGGCUUUGAUUACAAAGGAGAAGUGGAGAAGCAUGCAUCUCAGAAAGGCAAGUACCCAGCACCUUGGCCACCUGGCUGGCCUGCUCAGCUUGUCAUGGCUCCCAGCCUCCAGCUCCCCACUGUUUGGGCCACUUUUCACUUCCAGUUAGAUCGUCAGCCAGGGCUGGUGGGGCAGGGACCUCUGUAUGAUUACCAAGGAGAGGGAAGCGAUGAGCUUUCCUUUGAUCCGGAUGACAUCAUCACUGACAUUGAGAUGGUGGAUGAAGGCUGGUGGCGGGGGCGUUGCCAUGGCCACUUUGGACUCUUUCCUGCAAACUAUGUCAAGCUCCUCUAGUGACCAGCCCCAUUGUCUUUCGCUUCUCUGGUUCUUCAUGUUCAAAGUGGCUCUGCCUCCCUCCACCCACUCCUCAGUACUGCUGCAAGGACCUAAGAGAACAUUGUGGGUCCCUGAGGUUCAGACAGACCUCCCUCUCCUGCUUCAUUAAGAACUUUAGGCAGAGCCGGCAUGAGGCAGGGGCCCUUCCCUCUGUGUCCACUAUUCCCUGGAGUAGCUCAUGGAAUCAUCCUGUGGUCCUGCAUUCUUCACCAACACCCCGCUCUGCUCCUCUCCCUCUUGAGUGCUGGUGUUCCCGUGUGUUGGCCUAGAGGGAAGCCUAGGCUGCCUGAUUUACCUGGUUGUGCUUUUUGCUCGUUUUUCCUCCCUUAAGAGACAAAUUGGAAUUGUCCUUCUGUUUAAUACUAAAACUGAAAAUAAAGCGAGACUGUGACUUAGCUUUGU